AUGGGGUUGCUUGAACGACGUAAGGCGAUCGAGGAGGAGAUUGCCAAAACGCAAAAAAACAAAAAGACGGAAUAUCACAUUGGACGCCUUAAGGGUCAACUUGCCCGUAUUAAAACUGAAAUGUUAGAGAAUGCAACGAGGGCUGCUGGUGCUCGUGGGGGUGAUGGUUUUGAGGUGAGAAAAAGUGGUGAUGUGCGCUGUGCUCUUGUGGGAUUUCCAUCUGUGGGAAAGUCCUCCUUUCUCUCACGCGUGACCGCCACAGCAAGUGAGGCAGCGGGGUAUGAGUUUACCACACUGACGUGUAUUCCAGGUAAACUUGUGCAUAAAGGCACGGAAAUUCAAAUCUUAGACCUACCAGGUAUUAUUGAAGGUGCUGCAGAAGGUAAAGGUCGUGGAAGACAAGUUAUUGCUACUGCACGAACAGCGGAUAUGAUUAUUUUAAUGUUAGAUGCCGCUAAGGCAGAGGCACAAAGAGGUAAAAUUGAGGCUGAGUUAGAAACUGUUGGAAUUCGUCUAAAUCAGAGAUUUCCAGAUGUGACGUUUAAAAAGAAACCAUCAUGUAGCAUGAAUGCUAUCAGUUUUACUUCUACGGUUAAACUUACAUUGGGUAUGUCUGAAUCUUUGGCCAAGGAGAUAUUGAAAGAUUAUGGUAUUCAUAAUGCUGAUGUUGUUAUUCGUGAAGAUAUCACAGUUGAUCAAUUUAUUGAUGUUAUUGAAGGAAAUCGAAAGUAUAUGCCAUGUUUAUACGUCUAUAACAAAAUUGAUACCAUUACAAUGGAAGAAAUGGAUCGUUUGAGUCGUUUACCACAUUCUGUUGUUCUUUCACUUCAUUGGGAUUUAAAUGUGGAUGAAGUUAUUGAAGAAAUUUGGGAACAUCUUAAUAUUAUUCGUAUUUAUACAAAAAAACAUGGAAAUCAUCCUGACUUUACAAAACCAUUUGUGGUGAAAAGAAAUUCUUCCGUGGAGCAUAUUUGCAAGAGGAUCCAUAAAGACAUUGCGUCUAGAUUUAAAUACGCAUUGGUUUGGGGCACAAGUGCAAAACAUCAACCACAGAGAGUUGGUAUAGCACACCAGUUAGAGGAUGAAGAUGUUCUUCAAAUAAUGCUUAAAACGUCUAACGAAUAA